AUGGCAGGAAAUGAUUGGUUGAAUAGUUAUCUAGAAGCGAUUCUGGACGUUGGUCCUGGUCUUGAUGAUGCUAAAUCUUCUCUUCUUCUUAGAGAAAGAGGUAGGUUUAGUCCUACUCGGUACUUCGUUGAAGAAGUUAUCGGCUUCGAUGAGACUGAUCUCUAUCGCUCUUGGGUUCGGGCUUCUUCAUCAAGGAGUCCGCAAGAGAGGAAUACUCGAUUGGAAAAUAUGUGUUGGAGGAUUUGGAAUCUUGCUCGUCAGAAGAAGCAGCUUGAGAGUGAAGCGGUGCAGAGAGUGAACAAGCGGAGACUUGAGCGUGAAAGAGGGAGGAGAGAAGCUACUGCUGAUAUGUCGGAGGAUUUGUCUGAAGGAGAGAGAGGAGAUCCGGUGAGUGAUGUUUCUACUCAUGGUGGUGGUGAUUCUGUUAAAUCUAGAUUGCCUAGAAUUAGUUCUGCUGAUGCUAUGGAGACUUGGGUGAAUAGUCAGAAAGGGAAGAAGCUCUACAUUGUUCUCAUUAGUAUUCAUGGCCUCAUACGUGGUGAGAAUAUGGAGCUGGGGCGUGAUUCUGAUACCGGUGGUCAGGUUAAGUAUGUUGUGGAGCUUGCACGGGCCUUGGGAUCAAUGCCGGGAGUUUAUCGGGUUGAUUUGCUGACUAGGCAAGUCUCCUCGCCAGAUGUAGAUUGGAGUUAUGGGGAACCAACGGAAAUGUUGGCUCCUAGAAACACGGAUGAAUUUGGAGAUGACAUGGGAGAGAGCAGUGGUGCUUAUAUCAUUCGUAUUCCAUUUGGUCCGAGAAAUAAAUAUAUUCCAAAAGAAGAACUCUGGCCUUACAUUCCUGAAUUUGUGGAUGGAGCGAUGGGCCACAUUAUACAGAUGUCCAAGGCUCUUGGGGAGCAAAUUGGCAGUGGGCAUGCUGUCUGGCCGGUUGCUAUUCACGGGCAUUAUGCAGAUGCAGGCGACUCUGCUGCUCUUCUGUCCGGUGCUUUGAAUGUACCGAUGAUUUUUACCGGCCACUCACUUGGUCGAGAUAAGUUGGAACAACUUUUAAAGCAAGGCCGAUUAUCAACUGAUGAAAUAAACUCAACUUACAAGAUCAUGCGUAGGAUAGAAGCUGAGGAAUUAGCCCUUGAUGUAUUGGAACGUAAAAUACGAGCAAGGAUCAGGCGUAAUGUGAGCUGUUAUGGUAGAUACAUGCCUCGCAUGUCGGUAAUUCCACCAGGUAUGGAGUUCCAUCAUAUUGCUCCACUAGAUGGUGAUAUAGAAACUGAACCAGAAGGGAUUUUGGAUCACCCUGCCCCCCAAGAUCCACCAAUUUGGUCCGAGAUAAUGCGCUUCUUUUCCAACCCACGCAAACCUGUGAUACUCGCUCUUGCCAGGCCAGAUCCUAAAAAGAACAUCACAACUUUGGUGAAAGCGUUUGGAGAAUGCCGUCCUCUUAGAGAGCUUGCUAACCUUACAUUAAUUAUGGGUAACCGAGACGGAAUUGAUGAAAUGUCAAGCACAAGUUCUUCUGUUCUUCUCUCAGUACUUAAGCUGAUUGACAAGUAUGAUCUGUACGGGCAAGUGGCAUAUCCUAAACACCACAAACAAUCUGAUGUUCCUGACAUCUAUCGUCUAGCAGCAAAGACAAAGGGUGUUUUCAUUAAUCCCGCUUUCAUUGAGCCGUUUGGUCUUACCUUAAUUGAGGCAGCUGCUUAUGGUUUGCCAAUGGUUGCUACUAAAAAUGGAGGUCCUGUUGAUAUUCACCGGGUUCUCGACAAUGGUCUGCUUAUAGAUCCCCAUGAUGAGAAGUCUAUUGCAGAUGCUCUUUUGAAGCUUGUCAGCAACAAGCAACUGUGGGCAAAAUGUAGACAGAAUGGGUUGAAGAAUAUUCAUUUAUUUUCAUGGCCCGAGCAUUGUAAGACUUACCUGUCUAAAAUAGCCACUUGCAAGCCAAGGCAUCCUCAAUGGCAGCGAAGCGAGGAUGGAGGUGAAAGUUCAGAGUCAGAAGAAUCACCUGGUGAUUCAUUGAGAGAUAUACAAGACUUAUCUCUUAACCUGAAAUUUUCAUUGGAUGGAGAGAGGAGCGGUGAUAGUGGAAAUGACAAUUCUUUGGAUCCUGAUGGAAAUGCAACUGAUAGAACUACAAAAUUAGAGAAUGCUGUUUUGUCAUGGUCAAAGGGAAUUUCCAAGGACACACGCAGGGGUGGGGCUACUGAAAAAUCAGGCCAAAAUUCAAAUGCUAGUAAAUUUCCGCCACUGAGGAGUAGAAAUAGACUAUUUGUGAUUGCAGUGGAUUGUGAUACCACUUCAGGUCUUCUUGAAAUGAUUAAGCUAAUCUUUGAGGCUGCUGGAGAGGAGAGGGCGGAAGGCUCUGUAGGGUUCAUAUUGUCAACCUCAUUGACUAUAUCUGAGAUACAGUCAUUUCUGAUCUCAGGUGGCUUGAGUCCCAAUGAUUUUGAUGCUUAUAUUUGCAACAGUGGCAGUGAUCUCUACUAUCCAUCCCUCAAUUCUGAAGAUCGCCUAUUUGUGGGUGACUUGUAUUUCCACUCUCACAUUGAAUACCGUUGGGGUGGAGAAGGGUUGAGAAAGACUUUAAUACGCUGGGCAUCUUCGAUCACUGAUAAAAAGAGUGAGAACAACGAGCAAAUUGUGAGUCCCGCUGAACAGCUUUCUACCGACUACUGUUAUGCUUUCAAUGUGCGAAAGGCAGGAAUGGCUCCUCCUCUCAAGGAGCUUCGUAAGUUAAUGAGGAUCCAAGCUCUGCGUUGCCAUCCUAUAUAUUGUCAAAAUGGGACAAGACUAAAUGUAAUUCCUGUACUGGCAUCUCGUUCCCAAGCCCUCAGGUACUUAUAUGUUCGAUGGGGUUUUGAACUGUCAAAGAUGGUAGUGUUUGUUGGAGAAUGUGGCGACACCGAUUACGAAGGACUGGUUGGCGGCCUACACAAAAGUGUGAUAUUGAAGGGAGUAGGAAGCAGGGCAAUUAGUCAACUCCAUAAUAACAGAAACUAUCCUCUCUCAGAUGUCAUGCCAUUGGACAGCCCAAACAUCGUUCAGGCAACGGAGGGAAGUAGCAGUGCUGAUAUUCAGGCUCUGUUGGAAAAAGUCGGAUACCACAAGGGAUGA